GGAGAAUGUAAAUGCUAAUACUACGUAAUUUCCUACUCGAGUUCUCUUUAGGAUGCCGGAGGCCCCGGAAGUGGGUCAACCGCCUUUUCUUCUCCGGGAGUGGGGUAUCUCGGAGGACGACAAUUUUCAAGCUACAGCAUUCUACAGCAUCUAUUACUACCUAUUCGCGGAACGCGUCUGACACGCAUAAUCAAAACUUCAAAGUCACAAAAAAAAAAAAUCGGCUUCAAUUGAAACACCAGCCAGCCAUACAUAGUGCUGCCUGCCUUUGAGAUGCUGUCCUCGCGCGCAAAAUAAUGCUCAAGACUGGCGUCACCGUCGACGUGCUGUGGCGCGGGCUGUUAGCUAGGACAACGCUUAACGGUCUGGUUCCGGCGCGAGCCCAAAGCUCUGCAAGAUCAGUCUUUCCCGAAUCGACCGGCCAAUGGCGCCACGAGAGUCUUCAAUGCCUCAAUUCCAGGCAUUCCCACCAUAAUUGGAAACCGGCAUUUAGGCAAUGCACUCGGAAUAGACCAUCCCAUCGGCCAUACUCGACCUCAGCCCCCGAACCAAUAACAGAAGCGGAAACAGAAUCAGGGACACCACGGCUGUCCGCCAGAUUCCUAUACGAAUUUGUUGACUUGCCGGUGGAUUUAAUAAGGAACAGGCAGACCCGAAACCUGCCCGACGCUAUCCGCAACCUCGCCGAGGAUCCGACCAAGGUCAGGGCUGACGGGACCGUCCGCAUCAGAUGCGAGGAUAUCCUGGCGUACCUGCGCGACCUCCGCGACGAGAGACCUGACAACUCCCGUGUGCCCGAAUUCUGGGCCCAGGUGGUAAAGCCAUGUGUUGCCGGUAUUGAACCGCUCGUCGAGGAUCCUCUCCUGCGGGCGCAAAUCCGCCACGAGGGGAGUUGUGAGGUUGUCACUCACGUCUUGAGUGAGGCCCAGGAGGCGGGCUACAACCCGACUUCAACAACCCUCCAUCUGGCACUACGCGCCUUGGCUACUCACCCUGAUUACAUAUUGCGGGACCGGCUCCUUGAGAUAAUGAAGAGCCGGUAUAUCGAAUUGACAACCGAUGGCCACGCGAGCGUGAUCUUGGGCUUGCUGCGUGACGGGCAAUACGAGAUGGCCAUCGACAAACUGGAGCAGGUUACUCGAGAAGGGGUUGAGGUCCCGACGUGGGUUCACGACAUCUUUUUAUUUGUCUUUGCUGAGCUGGGCUUCCAUGAUGAGGUCAUUAGAAUCAUCAAUCACCACCGAAUUAGUCGCAAAGGCACAGAGUUGGACUGGCCCUCGGCAAACACGUGCUACUUCCUCCUAGACAAGUGCUCAAAGGGAUAUCAUUACGACAGCACAAAGUUCAUCUGGAACUUGGCGGUGCCCAAGAUGUUUAACCCCCCAGACGGUGUCUUGGAGAACGUUCUUUGCACCGCGGCAAAGGGACUCGAUUCAAUGCUCGGGUCUCAGGCAAUUAGGAUGCUGGCGACCCGCGGGAACAAGCUCUCUUUGCACCAUUACGAGCCGCUGAUUGCUUGCUAUGCCGGGGCUGAGGACGAGGAAAAGGCGUUCAGCGUGCUGUGCAUCAUGCACCGGGCGGGUAUCAAGCCGGAAUCGGGCAGCACACGUCCCCUUUAUCAUUUACUCCAGAAAAAGGAGCCGUACGAACUCCUGGAAACGGUCCGGCUGCUCUUCCGGCUCAAGUCACAAGGAGACGUGCCGAUUGCAGCCUUCAACGUUGUCCUGGAGGCGAUGCUCGCAAAGAGCGGACUCGGCCAGGCCAUGGACUUUUACAGCCGAGUGCGACUCAUUGUCAAGUCUGGACCCGACAUUGAGACCUUCAACACCAUCCUGCGCAUGAUAUACACGGAGAAGCCGGAACGCAGCCUCGAGACGACUGAGUUUUUGAUGGACGAAAUGAAGGCAAUCGGGAUCAUGCCGGACAGGUUCACGUACGAACAUGUGAUCCACAACCUGGCGCGCGCCGGGAAGCCCGAACUCGCGCUCGAGUACCUACAGGAGAUGAGCCAGACGUUCCACAGGUCAAUGGGCAGAACGGGCUGGAUCACCAAGAUCAAUACCCUGUGGUUGUUCAAAAAGUUGAGAGAGGCUGGUCUCGACAAGGAAGCCGAGGACCUCAUCACCGAGUCGAAUGCUCGUGGAUUAAAGAUCAAAAACGUGGAGCGUGAGCUGGACAGACCUGGGAUUCGCUCCGGUGUGGUAAACCCUGGCUUCUAUGCAGACGAGUCCUAAUUACCCGUUCGACACGGCAGCGGCAUCACGGCCAUAAUCAGAAGCACGACGAGUUCCCACGACGUUGAAGGCUUCUUUUUCUUUUAUUUUUCUGCCUCACAUAGAUUUUACAACAAGCGACGACAAGGCGCCUGCGUUGCUCGCAUGCUUCGCAUAUGGGAGGUGAUUGGACGGGAUUGUGAAGUUGAAUUAAAAGAAAUCGAUUGGGCCUUCACAUCAACAUUUUGAGUUGAUGACUGAUUGACUGAUAAGGCUGCGAUUUAAGGGUUGUCGAUCAACUCUGCCCUACCGUUUUAAUUCGUCUGGCUUGCGGCAGCUCGCAGGAAAUGCCACCGGAGUUAUGGCUGGAGUUUUCGGAGCUAUGGCGGACGCCAUGACCGUUUACGGUAUUAACACUAAAAAAAAAACCGUUGAAAGGUGGCACAGAAACAAAAAGAAACACAAGAAACCAAAAGCAAAAUGAAAGGAAAAGGGAAAAACGAAACAUCUAGACUAAUCGUUCAUGGCCAAUCGCCGCUAAAUCGAAACUAGUUCAGCCCCCCUCAAGUUUGCGUGCCUCUUUGAAAGAAAAGAUCGCUG